AUGGCAAAAAAGAAACAGAAAACGGUUUUUGUGAAGUCGAAAUUGGACUUGAAGGGUGUGCAGGUGAAGACAAAAAGCUUUUUGGAGAGCAUAAGAACCUUACAUGGAAUGAACUACAUAUCAGUAUUGAAAGGCAGAAGUUUACUCUUUUGGAGUACUCUGAUGAUGAUCAACAUUCUGUGGACUACCAGCUUCGUAAUGCUUAUCAAACACAAAUACGAUACCGACCAGAUUGUUACCAAGAUAAACUCAGACUGGUCUGUAAACCGCCUGCCAUUCCCGGCGAUCAGCAUCUGCAACUACAACAUGGUUUCGCAGCGAGAAUCUAUGGCCAUCAAGAAAAUACUGCUCAAACGCGGCAUCUCCAACGACGAAGCUGAAUCUUUCUUCUCCGUUCUUCCUCUCCUGAAGGACUACAGUCAGGGCGCGGCUGAUGUGCAUCAAAGUUGCAAGUCACUUCUUAUUUACUGCGAGUUCAACGGGAAAGAGAAGGAUUGCAAUGAGGUGUUUACUAGAAUUCAGACUAUAGAGGGACAUUGCUGCACCUUUAACUACAACGGCGUCGACGCUGAAGACGAAGACCCCACGAUGGUUCAAGAUAAUGACUUUGAGUACUACAUAGAUGAAGAUCCCGAUGGAGAAUCUGUGGAAACUUCCUUAAUAGCCACGUCGCAGUCGGGAAGCACUUCUGGUUUAAAAGUAGUGUUCGAUGUCGAACCCAAUGAUUAUGCCAAUUGGUCCCUAGCACCUGCUUAUGGAGCUAAGAUGCUUCUGAGUGAUCCUAACGACUAUCCGGAAACUCGAGUACUUUACAGAUACAUGGGCAUUGGAGACUCCAUCGACGUGAAAGUGGAACCGAGAUUCUACAACUGCGAGUCCUCCCUCCGCCACAUAGAACCUCAGCGUAGAGGAUGUUGGUUUCACGACGAGGUGAACCUGAUCAACACAAAUCGUUACAGCUACGAGACAUGCCACACAGAAUGUAGAAUCAAGAGUUUCGUGCGGUUCUGUGGAUGUGUGCCCUAUAAGUAUCCUGUAGAUAAAACGACUCGGAUUUGUGAGCUAGCAGAUCUGCCUUGUCUAAAUUAUAUGAGAGUUAAUUGGGCGAGGACUAGACAGCCAUGUGUGCCGGAGUGUUACAAAGAAUGUCGCGACAAAGAGUAUUAUUUCGUCGGCGAUACGACACCAUUCUUCGCAGAGGAGUUUCCACCGAAUGUCACUCGGGGGCGCAACAUCAGUGAACUCAUUUCUCUGCACGUGUACUAUAUGCAGUCCACUUGUAACUGUUACACUAUGUCCCAGCUAAAUGACUUCAAUUUCUUUAUUGGGACUUAUGGCGGGAUAUUUUCACUGUAUUUCGGAGCCUCUAUUAUAACGAUCUUCGAGCUGAUUUACUUGUCAAUCGCUUCUAUUUUCAAAAACAUCUGGCCGAUGCUGUUUGAAGUGAUUAAUGUAAAACGUUUUCGAGCGAACUUCUUUUAA